CUUCCACUUCCCGAGCAUCGCUCUGAUUCAUUGUUAAAAUAAAGAGGCCAUGACCCUGGCACUCCCACCCCGGCAGCCCCUGUGCGUGGAAAUCCAGCCAAGGUCUGAUGAUGGAGGAGCCUUGGCCCUGGCUGUCCCAGGGGAGGAGGUGAAAUUCCUCAGCUCUCCACCAAGAUCGGCAACAAAAGCCUGAUCCUUGGAACACACCAGGCCUCACCUAGAGGUUCAGACAUUGGAUUAUAGGAACUGCCCUGGCCUGACUCACCCAAUAUGGAGGAGGUGCCUGGGGAUGCCCCCUGUGAACACUUUGAGGCCAACAUGCUUACCCAGAACCGCCGUCAAAACUGCUUCCACCCUGAGGACGCCCACGGAGCAAGAUACCAGGAGCUCAGGAGCCCUUCAGGUGCUGAGGUGCCCUACUGCGACCUGCCUCGAUGCCCGCCUGCCCCUGAGGACCCACUCAGCGCCUCAACCUCUGGCUGCCGGUCUGUGGUGGACCUGGGCCUCCGGCCAGGGUCCAGGAGGGACCCAUCCCCCUCAGCAGGGCUCCCGGAAGAGGAUCCCACAGCCGCCCCCAGGAGCGGGAGCCAUGAUCUUGAGGCAGUGUCCUAUCUGGAGGGCCUGACCACUUCCCUGUGUGGCAGCUGCAACGAGGACCCCGGCUCUGACCCCGGCUCCAGCCCUGACUCCGCCACCCCUGAUGAUACCAGUAACUCGUCCUCUGUGGAUUGGGACACUGUUGAGAGGCAGGAGGAGGCCCCCAGCUGGGACGAGCUCGCAGUGAUGAUCCCUAGGAGACCUCAGGAGGGGCCAAAAGCUGACAGCUCCCAAAAGGCUCCAUCUCUCCUCACCAGGUCCCCUGUGGGAAGAGACACUGCAGGCCAGAAAAAGGAGGACACUGGCGGUGGGGGCCGGAGCGCAGGACAGCACUGGGCAAAGCUCCGGGGAGAAAGUGGGUUCUUCUCCCUGGAGCGGCACCGGUCAACACUGACCCAGGCUUCCUCCAUGACACCACACAGCGGACCUCGAAGCACCACGCCUCGGGCUUCCCCUGCCCAAAGGGACACUGCUCAGGCUGCGUCUACAUGUGAACCCCCCCGAGCCUCCUCUCCCCACCGAAUCACCCAAAGGGACACCUCCAGGGCCUCAUUUACACAGCGGAACACCCCCAGAGCUUCCUCUCCCUCACGAAGCACCCAACAGGAUAACCCCAGAACGUCAUCCAACCAACAAAAUAAUCCUCAAUAUUCCUCUCCCCAAAGAGCCACCCAACAAGAUAACACUAGAACCUCUUCUACCCAGCAGGACAACCCCCAAACUUCUUUUCCUACUUGUACUCCCCAGUGGGACAACCCCACGACACCCUGUGCCCGACGGGAUGAUCCCAGAGCCUCCUCUCCUGACAGAACCACCCAACGAGACAACCCCAGGACAUCCUAUGCCCAGCGGGACAAUCCCAGAGCCUCCUCUCCCGUCAGAGCUUCCCAACAGGACAACCCCAGAACAUCCUGUGCCCAGCGGGACAAUCCCAGAGCCUUCUCUCCCAAUAGAGCCACAAGAGACAACCCCAGAACUUCUAUUCAACAGAACAUCCCCAGAUCAUCUUCUACCCAACAAGACAACCCUAAAACCUCUUGUACCAAACGGGAUAACCUCAGACCCACUCGUACACAGCGGGACCGCACACAAUCCUUUUCCUUUCAACGAGACAACCCUGGAACCUCCUCAUCUCAAUGCUGCACCCAAAAGGAGAAUCUGAGACCAUCAUCUCCCCACCGCUCCACUCAAUGGAACAAUCCCAGGAAUUCGUCUCCACAUCGUACUAAUAAAGACAUCCCCUGGGCCUCCUUUCCCCUCCGGCCAACUCACAGUGAUGGUCCCCGAACCUCUUCCCCAUCUCGCUCCAAGCAAAAUGAGGUUCCCUGGGCAUCCAUCGCUCUCCGGCCAACCCAAGGUGACAGGCCUCAGACAUCCUCUCCCAGCAGGCCAGCCCAGCAUGACCCACCCCAGUCCUCCUUUGGCCCCACCCAGUACAACUUGCCAUCCCGGGUCACCUCUUCCUCCCCUAACCCAGGCCACCAGAGCACCUCCCGGACUUCCUCACCUGUGUACCCUGCUGCCUAUGGGGUUCCCUUGACCUAUCCUGAGCCCUCCCAGCCUCCAUGUGCUGUGUGCAUUGGGCACCGGGAUGCCCCUCGAGCCUCUUCGCCCCCUCGCUAUUUGCAGCAUGACCCCUUCCCCUUCUUCCCAGAGCCCCAUGCCCCAGAGAGUGAAUCGCCCCACCAUGAGCCUCCCUAUAUACCACCUGCUGUGUGCAUUGGACACCGAGAUGCCCCCCAGGCGUCCUCGCCCCCCCGCCACACCCAAUUUGACCCCUUCCCCUUCCUCCCAGACACAUCAGACACCGAACAUCGGUGUCAGUCCCCCCAACACGAGCCCCUUCAGCUCCCCGCACCUGUAUGUAUUGGGUACCGAGACGCACCCCGGGCCUCCUCCCCACCACGCCAGGCCCCAGAGCCUUCCCUCUUGUUCCAGGACCUCCCCAGGGCCAGCACAGAGAGUCUUGUCCCUUCCAUGGACUCUCUGCACGAGGGCCCCCAAAUCCCCACCCCUGUGUGCAUUGGGCACCGGGAUGCACCCUCCUUCUCAUCCCCACCACGCCAGGCUCCUGAGCCAUCCCUCUUCUUCCAGGACCCCCCUGGAACUAGUAUGGAGAGCCUGGCCCCCUCCACUGACUCUCUGCAUGGCUCCCUAGUGCUGAUCCCCCAAGUGUGCAUCGGGCACCGGGAUGCACCCCGAGCCUCCUCCCCACCCCGCCACCCACCCAGUGAUCUAGCAUUCCUGGCACCCUCACCUUCGCCGGGCAGCUCCAGGGGCUCCCGGGGCUCAGCGCCUCCCGGGGAGACCAGGCACAACUUGGAGCGGGAGGAGUACACUGUGCUGGCUGACCUGCCCCCACCCAGGAGGCUGGCCCAGAGACAGCCAGGGACCCAAGCACAGCACAGCAGCGGGGGCCGCACCCGCAGCCCUGGCCGCGCGGAGGUGGAGCGCCUCUUCGGGCAAGAGCGCAGGAAGUCCGAGGCAGCGGGGGCCUUCCAGGCCCAGGACGAGGGACGGUCACAGCGGCCCAGCCAAGGCCAGAGCCAACUUCUCCGAAGACAGUCCAGCCCUGCCCCCAGCAGGCAGGUGACCAAGCGCCCUGCCAAACAGGCAGAACUGACCUGGCGGAGCCAAGCAGAGCCCCCUCAUUCUCGGAGUCCUGAGAAGAGACCUGAGGGAGAUCGGCAGCUCCAGGGGUCCCCGCCGCCUCCCAGGACAUCAGCCAGGACCCCUGAGAGGGAGCUGCAGACACAGACACCUCUGGAGAGUGGCCAAGCAGGCCCAAGACAGCCUCUGGGGGCAUGGCAGAGUCAGGAGGAACCGCCAGGGUCCCAGGGCCCUCAUAGACACCUGGAGAGGAGCUGGAGCAGCCAGGAGGGAGGCCUGGGGGCAGCCAAAGCCUUGGAGGGAACAUGGGGGGGCCCUCCUGGGGAGUACAGGGAGAGCUGGGGACAGCCAGAGGCCUGGGAGGAGGCGGCCACCCAUGAGCCCCCCAGAGAACUAGGGAAGAGAAGCCCACUCACAAGCCCCCCUGAGAACUGGGGAGACCCCACAGAGUCCUCACAAUCCAGGCGCCCUGGGACACCCACUACUGUGGGCUGGGGGGCAGAGGGAGCAUGUCCAUACUCGCAUGGCCCUGAGAGGCGACCCGAGCUUGACUGGAGGGACCUGCUUGGUCUUCUCCGGGCACCAGGAGAGGGGGCCUGGGCCCGUCUCCCCAGGCUGGACUGGGAGGGCCUCUUGGAGCUCCUGCAGGCCAGGCUGCCCUGCAAGGACCCAGCUGGACACAGGGAUGACCUGGCCAGGGCUUCAGGGCCAGAGAUGGGUCCCCCAGGCACAAAGGAUGUCCCCAAGCAGGAGUCACACAGUCAGCCAGAAGGCUGGGCCGAGGCCACCCCAGUCAACGGACACAGCCCCGCACCGCGGCCCCAGAGCCCGGCCCAGCCGCCCAGCCCUGCCUGCACCUCCACCCAGUGGCCAAAGACCAAAGUGACAAGAGGACCAGCGACCGUAACUCUGGCAGGCCUAGAGCAGACAGGCCCCCUGGGGAGCAGGAGCACUGCAGAGGGCCCCAGUUUGCCAGAGCUGCAGUUCCAACCAGAGGAGCCUGAGGAGUCAGAACCAAGCAGAGGCCAAGACCCCCUGACUGACCAGAAGCAGGCAGACUCGGCAGACAAGAGGCCAGCAGAGGGCAAGGCUGGGAGCCCGCUCAAGGGCCGACUGGUGACCUCAUGGCGGAUGCCCGGGGACCGGCCCACGCUGUUCAAUCCGUUCCUGCUGUCUCUGGGGGUCCUCAGGUGGCGA